AUGGAGACGGUGCUCAUGUGUACGCAGCCAGGCGGCUAAGUUGUUUAUGAAACUGUGCAGCUAGGUUGUUUGCGAAGCUAGCUGGCUAGGUAGUGAAUGAAGCUAGGUGGCUACUCGUUAACAUCAGAAGCCCAUGGUGUCCGAGGCGCCACGGUAACCUAGCAACACAAUUGAUUGGAAGAGGAUGAAGACAGAGAAGAGAGAGCACGAAGAACCCGGCAGUGUGUUGCUACGGGGAAUCUUCAAACUGGGGAAGAUCAGUCAUGAUGUCCUGCUCACCUCCACCUCCGUAUCCUGGACCCCUAUCACCCCUGACAACCCUACAGGGGAACAGGGGUCUGAGCGGGGGUCACACAGGGUGUGGUUGAGGGAUGUGUUUGCGGUAAAGGUGAAGAGGCGUCGUGCUGCGGGCCAGCAGACUGGGGGCGCUGUGCUGGGCCUCUGUCUGUUCUGCAGCCACAGGACAGGAAACACCCUGCAGGAGGUCAGGACCCACCUCCUCAACACCUCCCUCAGCCUCUGUCACACCUGGGUAACCCAGCUGACCCAGCUGCUGACAGUGCUCCCCAGGCCCAAACAGCUGAAGGUGUUCAUUAACCCAGGAAGCCAUAAGAAGCAGUCAGUCCUCAUCUACAGAGAACACAUCGCUCCCCUCUUCAGGAUGGCAGACAUACACACAGACAUCACCAUUACUGAAAGGAAAGGACACAUUCUGAUGGUAGUGAAGGAAUGCAGUCUCACACAAUACGACGGUGUGGUGUGUGUAGGGGGUGAUGGUACUGUAGCAGAGCUGGCCCAUGCCCUGGUUCUGAGAGCACAGCUAGAGUCCCAGAGGGACCCAGACUGUGAUCUCAACCCAGUCCAGGCUACUCUUCCCCUGGGAAUCAUCCCUGCUGGUUCCACAGACAUUAUUUCAUGUUCUGUCCAUGGAGUUAGACAUCCUAUCACAGCUGCUCUCCACAUCAUCCUGGGUCACCUCCAACAGGUAGACAUGUGUAGUUUCUCCUCUCUGGGCCGCUUGUUGACGUUUGGCUUCUCCGCCAUGUUUGGGUUUGGUGGGCGAAGCUUAGCGCUGGCGGAGAGGAACAGGUGGAUGCCUCCGUCACAGAGACGAGACUACGCCCUGGCCAAGACAGUUGCCUCACUAAGACCAGAGGAAUGUCACCUGUCUUUUCUUCCUGUAAAUCAAAAGCACAAGUCAGGAAAACGGAGGAGCAAGGAGCAAGACGCAGCGACAGGAUUGUCCUGGGAGACGAAGCCAGGAGUCUACCUGAGCAUCAGCAUCAUGUCCAUCCCCAGUCUGAGUCCCCACGCCCCUCGAGGGCUGGCCCCAAACACCAGAUUGACCAAUGGCAGCGCUGAGCUCAUCACAGUGGGAAAUGCUUCGAGGUCAGAGUUCAUCAGACAUCUGAAGAGAUACAGCUGCCCAGAUGAACAGAGCUCUCUGUCUUUCGUUGAGACACGUUCAGUCACAGCUGUGAAGCUCCGCCCCUAUGGAUUGGUCGGCUGUCCUGGAAAAGGGGAGAAGGAGGAGGCAACAUCAGGGGACGAUUCAGAAGGCUCAUUCCCCUGGAAUAUAGACGGAGAGCUUGUGGAGAUGGCCCAUGAAGUAGUGGUCAGGGUUCAUUCCAGACUCAUCUCUCUGUAUGGAGAGGAUGUGGAGAAGGUCGACUCUCCUGUGAUGUCCUGCAGCUGCAUUUGAUCUACCAACAGCACGGUCCGCUAGCUGCCAGCAAUCUUAGGGCAAACACUAGCUAGCACACACACACACACACACACACACACACACACACACACACACACACACACACACACACACACACACACACACACACACACACACACACACACACACACACACACACACACACACACACACACACAAGGGUAGAGUUAAAGGAAUAAAAUGUUUAAAGGAAUAUCAAAUUGUAGAUAUAUUUCUUACAAUUUAUAGGUGACAAAUGUGACAAUAAAGGUAUUUCAACAUCAAAAACGUUCUUUUUUUUCUAACAAUAGAAGUGAGAUGAAACUUAAGGA